CCUGACAGGUUCGUAUAAAUCCCGAAUACAAUGGCCAAUUCGGUUAGUAGACAUGAAAACUCUGUGCGCAAUUUUUCUCGCCCUGCUGUUGCCUGAGGGGCUGUUAACUGAGAAGUGUGGAGAGUCGGUGGCAAGCAGAAUCGUCGGUGGGACCGUAGCGAAUACGAGACAAUUUCCAUACUACACAGGUCUAAUACGCAAGAAGUACUUCAAUCGUACGUUGUCCCUUGCUUGUGGAGGAUCUUUAAUUAGAUCAAAUAAAGUUUUGACGGCCGCUCACUGCUACGACAAGUCGGAACCUAAUUGGAUGGAUGAGUAUGUAGCAGUAUUCGACAUACGGGACAGAUGCAAACGCCAGUAUGAUGGUUUCAGCGACAUAACAUAUGUCGACAUGCAUCCUCUGUGGAACACAAAUACGAAAAAUUGUGACUUAGCCAUCGCUACGCUCCAGGAAAACGUUAAGUACGACACAAUAUGUCUUUCGCCGAAAGGAUACAACAAAUAUCCGACGUCGGCCUACGUAGUUGGUCUCGGUUUAACAGAAGAAGAAGGCACGACAGAAAACGUUUGUAACUUGUUGCAAAUCAACAUCCAGAUCUUUACAAGGGAAACAUGCAUGGGAACAGUUAUGGCGGGAAUCUUGCAACGUCGCACUGGUAUCCUAUGUGCGGGCGUGUUAUCCGGCCAGUUCGACUCCUGUCAGGGUGAUAGUGGAGGACCUUUAAUAAGGGUUGAGAGGGGCGUUCAUUAUCUGCAAGGAGUUGUCUCUACCGGUGCCGGAUGUGGAAGAGCAAAUUCACCGGGUAUAUAUGCAGAUGUAACCGCCCACAGGAUUUGGAUUGACCGAGUACUUAAAAAAACACCUCAAACCAAUCCAGCGCCUGGGUAUCAGUAUGGUCCUAGGACAACUGUUAGGCCAUCCAGGGGUCGGACACCGUCAUCCGCAAGGCGGACAUCGCCAUCCAGGAGUAGGGUACCGCAAUCCGGAAAUUUGGGAUUCUCAUCCUCAUCCGACAGUUGGCCACAAAUAAGUUCUUCUAGAACUUUUAGCAAUUAUACAUCGUAUUCUAAUUAAUUCUAGGAAACAUCCAAAACCAAACAGAACCAUCCUAGACUUAUAAACUAAACACUAGAAUCUUAACGCACCGAAAGAAGCUUUUCCACAAUUUCUUCUUUAAUAGCUGCUUUUUAAUAAUUGUACAAUAAAAGAUUAUCGCCCAUCAAUUUUUAAUAAGAAAUCAUGAUGUAGAAGUUUCAUUACUAAGUAUAUCACAGGUAAUUUUUCCUUAUUGCUUGUCCAAAAGGUCCAGCUAGCAUCAAGUAACUAAUUGUAAGAUGUUGAAACGACAAAAUUUCACAAUUUAGAAAACGAAAAACAUAAAAUUGUACUGAAGUGUAAAAAUCGUACUAAUCUUCUUUGGCAAGAUUACUUUAAUAUUUUAUGUAUUAUGGUUUGAGUUUAAUGCCAAAUUUAAUACAGUUUCAUUAGUAA